AUGAAGCUGUCCGCUCUCCUCCCCGUUGCUCUCCUCGCCGGCCUCUCGUCCGCGCAAAACGCCAACGACGGCCGCUGGACCAACCAGGCCAACUUCCAAAAGGACAUCCUCGACACCACCAACAAAUACCGGUGGGAGCACGGCGCCAACAACGUCCACUGGAACGCGACGCUCGCCAACUUCGCCAAGAGCUACCUCGACCGCAGCAACUGCAACUUCGCGCACUCGGGCGGCCCCUACGGCGAGAACAUCGCCUACGGCUACCAGGCCCCCGGGGACGCCAUCCGCGCCUUCGGCGACGAGCGCAAGGACUACAACUUCAACGCCCCCGGCUGGCAGCCCAAGGCCGGCCACUUCACCCAGCUCGUCUGGAAGAGCACAAACGCUGUCGGCUGCGCGGCGAGGCACUGCGGGAACAACAUGCGCUUCUACCUCGUGUGCGAGUACUCGCCUCGCGGUAACAUUGUCAACGCCGGUUACUUCAAGGACAAUGUCGGUCGCAGGAUCCAUUAG